GCUUGCAAUAUGCUUAAUAUGCUGGUUCAUUACGUACACAGGCUACAAUUAUACCAGUCUGAUUCACCAUUAAAAAUUAUUCAAAUAUUGAUAGCUACCAUCACUCAUCUCUUGCCCAGUACAGAAGCUUCUUCUUAUGAGCAAGAUAAAAGAUUGGUGGUAUCUCUACUUCUUUGUUUGUUGGACUGGACAAUGGCAUUGCCACUGCGGACAUUAUUACAGCCUAUUCACCCUGCAGCAUCUGAAAAUGAUAAAACUGAAAAAUCUGUUCUUAAUUACAUAUAUAAGGUUCUUCAUGGAUGUGUCUAUGGAUCUCAGUGCUUUAGUAACCUGAAGUAUUUUCCAAUGAGCCUGUCUGAUUUAGCAUCCAUGGAUUAUGAUCCUUUUAUGCAUUUGGAAAAUUUGAAAGAACCAGAACCCCUCCAUUCACCUGAUUCGGAACGGUCUUCCAAACUCCAGCCAGUCACAGAAGUAAAAUCUCAUAUGCAACAAGGACUGAUCUCUGUGGCAGCUCGUACUGUGAUAGCUCAUCUGGUAAACCACUUAGGCCAUUAUCCAAUGAGUGGGGGGCCUGCUAUGCUAACAAGUCAAAUAUAUGAAAAUAAUGACAAUCCUUUCUGCGAGAACCUUGAACUUUCUCCUGAGCUUUUUGAGAACCCCAACCUCCAGUUCUUUGUAUUAAAUAAUACCACAUUAGUUUCAUGUAUACAGAUAAGAGCAGAAGAGAACAUGCCUGGAGGAGGUUUGUCUGCUGGACUUGUCUCAGCCAAUUCAAAUGUCCGAAUUAUAGUGCGGGAUCUGUCUGGGAAAUAUUCUUGGGAUUCUGCCAUCAUGUAUGGGCCACCCCCUCUAUGUGGCCUAAGUGAACCAACCACGUUUAUGCUUUCACUGCCCCAUCAAGAGAAAUCAGAAAAUGCCUCAGAACGUCCUGUGUAUACAGAAGAAAUGUAUGUAAAGGAUGGAAUUACUCUUCCACUAAAAAGAAGAUUUAGAGACAUUGUGCCAACGUGGGAUACAAUAAAGGACGAAGAAGAUGCCCUGGAUGAGCUUUUGCAAUAUGUGGGAAUCACUAGCCCUGAGUGUUUACAGAGGACAGGUGUGUCUCUCAAUAUACCUGCUCCUCAACCGAUUUGUGUGUCAGAGAAGCAGGAAAAUGAUGUAAUCAAUGCAAUCCUGAAACAGGACACUGAAGAGAGAGAUUUUAUUGAAAAGCACUUCAGUGACUUAAAUAUGAAGGCUAUGGAGCAGGAUGAACCAAUUCCACAAAAGCCCUAUUCAGCAUUUUACUAUUGCAGGUUGCUCCUUAGUAUUCUUGGCAUGAAUUCUUGGGAUAAAAGGAGAAGCUUCCAUCUUCUGAAAAAAAAUGAAAAACUACUUCGAGAACUUCGAAAUUUGGAUUCAAGACAAUGCCGAGAGACGCACAAAAUUGCAGUAUUUUAUGUUGCUGAGGGACAAGAAGAUAAACACUCCAUCCUGACUAACACUGGAGGAAGCCAAGCAUAUGAGGAUUUUAUAGCAGGUCUUGGUUGGGAGGUGAACCUAACAAAUCAUUGUGGUUUUAUGGGAGGACUACAGAAAAACAAAAGCACUGGAUUGACCACUCCAUAUUUUGCCACUUCAAUGGUUGAAGUAAUGUUUCAUGUAUCAACCAGAAUGCCUUCUGAUUCAGAUGACUCCCUAACAAAAAAGCUUAGGCAUUUAGGAAAUGAUGAAGUUCACAUUGUCUGGUCAGAACAUACUCGAGACUAUCGAAGAGGAAUCAUUCCUACAGAAUUUGGAGAUGUACUUAUUGUUAUAUAUCCAAUGAAAAAUUACAUGUUCAGUAUUCAAAUUAUGAAAAAACCUGAGGUCCCAUUCUUUGGUCCAUUGUUUGAUGGUGCUAUUGUGAAUGGAAAAAUUCUUCCUAUUAUGGUCCGAGCAACAGCUAUAAAUGCAAGCAGAGCUCUGAAAUCGCUCAUUCCAUUAUACCAAAAUUUCUAUGAAGAAAGAGCUCGGUAUCUCCAAACAAUUAUUCAGCACCACUUAGAUCCUUCAACAUUUGAGGAUUAUGCAUCUCAGGUCUUCUGCCCAGCAUCCUGCCACCAUUUGCCCCCUGAAACUGUUGAAAGAAAUGGUGUGAUAUUUCUUCUCCUUCCCAAGCCACCUCUAGAAAGAAUUGGCCACUUCAAGGUAAAGGGCAAAGGCUUGAACUGGAAGGUCUAUUCACACUAGCCGUGAAGGGUAGACUGUGCAGAGCACCAACCAGCAUUGACUUUUUAUGCACUACCCUACCAUUUGGAAUGCCAUGAUUCCUUGUAAAAUACGAACAAGAUAGAAUGUCUGAAUAUUGAUGUGUGCUGGGCAGGUGGGGAUGAAUUUAAAUAAACAAACAAAAAACUGUUCUCCUAGGUGGAAGAAGCCUUCUAAGGCAUAACAAAUUUUCUUUUACUGUGGAUUUAUAUACUCCAUGCCUAAUCAGUUGAAAAUCAUGAACUGCGUUUUUUAUGGAUGCCCUUGAAAGGUAUUUGGAAACUGCUGCAUUAACUUGCUUUUUGACACACAUUCCUUGUUUAUUAUGUUAACAGUUUCUUGUAAGUUGUAUUGGCUACCAGCUUGUUUCCAAACACAGUUCAAGAUAGUGGUCUUUAUAUGUAAAGAUACUAGUCUUUUUCCUAAGGAGAAGAGGUUGAGGGACUAAAAUAUUUGUAAGAGCAAUCCUCCCAUUAUAAAUUUCCCAUGCCAAAUGGCUUAGGAGCUAGCCUUCUAACCAUCAAACUAAACACUGUUGGUAAGAAUACAAGAGAGUAAACUGUUUUGGAAUGUAAAAGUUAAGUUACAUGUGGGAUCAUUUCUAGACCAAAAAAUAGCUUAUAUCUACCUAUCUAUUAUUUGAUUAAUUGAUCAAUCUGUGUAUCCAUAUACAGAAAAAAGGAGAAAAGCUAUUUCAGGAAGUACUUGGAAAGCACAAACU